AUAUCAGAUGAUAUUCCCCUUUUUUUGUGAACAAAUGUGCAAUGGACUUUCCGAACAGUGAAUGGCAGUCAUACCCAACAAAGCGUCUAGCCGGCCGGAAAACCACACGAAGAAGUAGUAAACGGAAGUGAACAGUGAUCAAGAACAAUUUCCACGUUAGCAGUUUUUUGUUAUUUAUACAUUUAUUAACACCCUGGAACUCAAAAUAUGAUUAAUUUAACUGCACAGCAUUACUUAUGUAUCCCUGGCAGUGUUUAAUUCGCGUUGAAGACAGUACUUGGUUUAUAUAGUUAAUGAUAGUUAGCUGCUAACGUUAGCUAACAAUGGCUACCUGUAACUCAAACGUUAUGAUUUUUCACACUCAAAUAGCCUCCAUUAUGGAGGUGCUAGCGAAUGCGGCCGUUGCAGAGAUCUGUAAACUCGUAGACGACGACUAUGCAGUGUUUCGUUUGGAAAUUACUCAAAGCCAGAAAGAAAACAGGGCAUUGCGGAGGAAACUACAGCUAAUUGAACUGAAGGUGACACGGGAGCGCGCUGAGAGGACAACGCGAGAGCGCGUCCUCGCCAGUCGCCCCAGUAGUGUUAAGAUCCCCGACCGAUACAGAGGAAUAACAAGAGGUGAAGGACAUCUCACUGGAGGCCACAGGAGCUUUGUGAAGCCUGCAGGACACAGAACAUGGAGAGAUGACCAACCAAUAACUAUUGAUGAGGGGAGUGGAACCUCAACCCAGCGCGUUAUCGUGAUAGAGUCUGCAGAUGCAGAGGAGGCAGGUCUUGGAGGAUCGUCUCUGGUCAAACAGGAGAGGACUGAAGGAGAGGAGGACCCACGACACAGCAUAGACAUCCAGAUUGGAGCGGUGGGAGUGGCGCCCCCUGUAGCCACGGAGGACUUCGCCUCCGCGCCCCAUCCUAGGGCCCAAUGCAGCAUCACGGAGGAGGAGGAGAGUCCAGAAGUGCUGCUGGUGAAGGAGGAGGGUCUGGGGAACCCUGAGGAGACCAUGGUCAUGGAUGACAACCAGACUACACCUUCUCCUGAACCCACAGAGGAACCAGCUGAGCAGCACAGGACCACACACAGUCUCACUGAGUCAGUAGACAUGGAGGAUGGGAAGCCUGAUCUGCUGCUGGUCAAAGAGGAGACAAUAGAAGAUGGACCAGAGAGCAUUGAUCUGCUGAGUGGACUAAAGAUGGGGGAGCAAGGUGAUUGGCUGGAGGCUAACAGAGGGGACUGGGCAGCCCUUUUGAAUUCCCAGGCCCAGACUGGUGCAGCCAAGGGCCCAGGGGACAACAUCACUGAGCAGGGCAGAACCAGAGGCGACAUGGUGGAGGUCAGUGGAUGGGACAGCGUCUUCAACUCUGGACUUGGGAACAACACUGUUAACCACAACCAGAAACAGACAUUCGAACACAAAGCAACAGCUGAACUUAGUCUCUAUGACGACAGACUGUCUGAGACCAGGGAGAGGGGUAGAUUUGGUCUGCAAGGACGGGGGCGUGUCCCUAUGCAGCGGGAGAGAACAGACACAGACUCGGCUAGUGAUGCUCCGUCCUGCUCCUAUAGUUGUGAUUCAGAGCGACUGAUGACGCCUCAGAUAAACCCCCUAAAAGGUGCAGCCUUCAGCCUGCCUUCUAUAGGAUCUAUCAACUGGAAUAUGGACCCUGUGACAACACAGACCCUCCCUGGCCUUCAUCCUCCUCACACUCUACUUAUGUUAAACCAGACCUCAGACAAUGCCAGUGCCUCAACACUAAAUGGCUACACAUGCCCAUUGACAAAUGACAGUAGUGGUGACGCUAUCAUCAGAUCCGGUGGCAAAGAGAAGCGCUUCCCAUGUUCAUUCUGUGGGAAAGCCUUCAAUUUCCGCAAACAGCUGGAGAUCCACCAGAGGAUGCACACAGGGGAGAAACCAUUCGGUUGUCACAUAUGCCGAGCCAGUUUCUCCCACUCGUUCACCCUGAAGAGGCACCAGAGGGUCCACACAGGGGAGAAACCCUACACCUGCCCCCACUGUGAGAAGAGGUUCUCCCACCAGCACCAUCUGAAGAGGCAUUUGAAGGUCCAUACGGGAGAGAGGCCGUUCGCCUGCACUAACUGUGGGAAGAGGUUCUCAGACAGGAGCUACCUCAGGAUACACCAGCAGAAAAACCAUUCCCAUCUAUAACUAUUCCACUCGAUAGCUUCUGAUGUUUAGAUCAGACCAUGCAUUAAAGAAAAAUAUGCAUUUUUUGUUGUCAGCAGAAAAGAUCCACAAAUGCAUUUGGAAUAAGAGUAAUAGAUUUCAGAUUUUCAUCUAGAUUUGUACAGUGCCUUCAGAAAGUAUUCACACCCCUUGACUUUUUACACAUUUUGUUAUGUUACAAAGUGGGAUUAAAAUGGAUUUAAUUGUACUUUUUAUGUUAAUAAUCUACACAAAAUACUCUUUAAUGUCAAAGUGUAAGAAGAAUUCUAACAUUUGUAAAACAUUUAUGAAAAAUCAAACACUAAUAUACUGUAUCCUGAUUAGUAUUCAUACAGUGCAUUCGGAAAGUAUUCAGACCCCUUGACUUUUUCCACAUUUUGUUACGUUAUAAUCUUAUUCUAAAAUGGAUUCAAUCAUUUUUUCCCCUCAAUCUACACACAAUACUCCAUAACGACAAUGCAAAAAGUUUUUUCGAAAUUUUAGCACAUUUUAUAAAACAUUUCUUUCCUGAAAUAUCACAUUUACAAAAGUAUUCAGACCCUUUACUCAGUACUUUGUUGAAGCACCUUUUGCAGCGAUUACAUCCUCGGGUCUUCUUGGGUAUGACACUACACGCUUGGCACACCUGUAUUUGGAGAGUUUCUCCCAUUCUUCGCUGUAGAUCAUCUCAAGCCUUGUCAGGUUGGUUGGGGAGCGUCACUGCACAGCUAUUUUCAGGUCUCUCCAGAGAUUUUCGAUGGGGUUCAAGUCCGGGCUCUGGCUGGAACACUCAAGGACAUUCAGAGACUUGUCCCGAAGACACUCCUGCGUUGUCUUGGCUGUGUGCUUAGGGUCAUUGUCCUGUUGGAAGGUGAACCUUUGCCUCAGUUGUAGGUCCUGAGCGCUCUGGAACAGGUUUUCAUCAAGGUUCUCUCUGUACUUUGCUCCGUACAUCUUUCCCUCGAUUCUGACUAGUCUCCCAGUCCCUGCUCGCUGAAAAACAUCCCCACAGUAUGAUGCUGCCACCACCAUGGUUCACUGUAGGGAUGGCGGCAGGUUUCCUCCAGACAUGACGCUUGGCAUUCAGGCCAAAUAGUUCAAUCUUGGUUUCAUCAGACCAGAGAAUCUUAUUUCUCAUGGUCUGAGAGUCCUCCAGGUGCCUUUUGGCAAACUCCAAGCGGGCUUUCAUUAGGGCAGUGGCGGGCACCAAUUUUUGUCAACCGGUGAUUGUCAAGCAAAUAACUGUCUGUUGUCAUGGAAAAUUGCAAGAUUAUGUUAUAGUGCUUGUAAGAUUAUAUUAUAAUCUUUCUAUUGCAUUUGAAUGGUUGUUUUAUUCAACAGAAUAGAAUCUGUCGACUAUUGUGUGUGUGUGUUCCACUGAGGAUGGGCCUCUGAGACAGUACUGACAGAGGAGAUUUACGAUGUCUUUGGCCAAUAAAGCCUAAAGAGCCUUCCAGAUAGUGAGGUAAUGUUUUUGUACUAUGAACGAGAUUAGAACCUCAUCUUAGAGACCAAACUGAACGAUAAUUUAUAGCGAAUGCUAUCUGGCUAUGGGAUACUCCUCUCUCAAGUAAAAGGCCCUUUGUGAAGAGUUCCUAAGAUCUGUGGUUCGUCAUGUAAGUUGAGAGGGGUGUAUCUUGGCUAUAAAAGAUCUUUGUAUUCUACUGUAGGGACUCUCUGUCACGGUCUGACCUUUGUUUUCCUUUGUUUUGUCUUAAGUUAGUAUGGUCAGGGUGGGCAGUCUAUGUUAUGUGUUUCUAUGUUUAGGUUUGUCAAUUGGCCUGAUAUGGUUCUUUUGCAGUGUUUUGCAUUGUCUCUGAUUGGGAACCAUAUUUAGGUUGCCUGUUUUCACUGUUGGUUUGUGGGUGUUUGUUUCCUGUGUCUGUGUUCAUGCCACACGGGACUGUUUCGGUUAGGUUAUUUUAUAUUUUUUGUCGUGUUCAGUGGAUUAUAUUAAAACAUGGACACUUACCACUCUGCGUCUUGGUCCGAUCCCUGCUACACCUCUUCAGACGAAGAGGAGGAAAUCAUCCGUUACACUCUCAGAAUUCAUUACAGACACUGAAUUGAUCUGAGAGUCAAAAGGCUAUUGUAAAGCUCACAUUAUUAAAGAUAAAGUUUAAGUAUAA